UGAUGGAGAAUCAGCCGCCCCUCACAUCACCGGGUGGAUCCAGUAAUGAGAACUCAUCAGAGAGAUAUUCCAGUCCUAUUUAUUAUGGGGAUUCCUCACCGGAAGAUUGUGAUUCACCACAGAAGGAUCAGGGUGAAGAGCCAAUUAAUGCAAAAGUUGAGCCUGAGGAACUCAUUGACACGAAGAUUGAAGGCAAAGAACCAAUUGCUACAAAAUUUGAGAGGGAAGAACUGAUGAAUACGAAAUUUGAGGAUGAAGAACCAACGAAUAGAAAAUUUAAGGAUGAAGAACCGAUAAAUAGAAAAUUUGAGAGCGAAGAACUGAUGAAUCCAAAAUCCGAGGCUGAAGAACCGAGCGAUGCGAAAGUUGAAGGUGAAGAGGACGAUGAGGAAAGUUAUAUGAUGGGUGAUCAGUCUAUAGAGGAGGAAGUGAUGAUGGUGACGAUUAAAGAGGAGGACUUUUCUUCAGAUUAUGAACAAUAUGGACGCCAAAAUACUUCGGAAGGACGUCCCGAUUUGUCUCCUGAUGGUGAGCUGGAUGACUAUGCAGAUGGUAAUUCCAGAACUUCCACUUCCCACCCGAAGCGUUACAAUUCGUACAGGUUUCCAGGUCCCUCCAAUCGCCAGGGACCAUCCACAGGCCGAGCGGGUGUAAAUUUUCUCGCAGGACCAGACGCUUCGACCCAGAGGACUGGAGAGCGAGGCAACGAGUUAUUCUCCUGUUCCGAAUGCGGCAAAAGCUUCACCUCGAAGUCCAGUCUCCGCGGACAUCAGAAGCUCCACACAGGAGAGCGUCCGUUUUCAUGCACCGUCUGCGGGAAAACCUUCAUACGCAGAACCCAUCUCAACAUACAUCAGACCACUCACGUCGGCGAGCGGCCUUUCAAAUGUACCGAGUGCGGGAAAGGUUUCUCGCAGAACUCCGAUCUUCGUAAACACCUGUUUAGCCAUUCUGGGGAGUUUCCGUUUUCCUGCGGGGACUGCGGGAAAGGAUUUCCACGAAAGUCAGAACUCAUCAGACACCGGAGGUCACAUACAGGCGAGCGCCCGUAUGAAUGCACAGAGUGCGGGAAGUGUUUCAUGGAUAAAUCGCAGCUUACUGCACAUAAGAGGUAUCACUCGGGGGAGAGGCCAUACAUAUGCUCUGAGUGCGGGAAAAGCUUUGCCGGUAAAUCAGAAUUGAACAGACACUGGAGCGUUCAUAGCGGAUUGAAGCCGUUUUGGUGCUUCGAGUGCGGGAAAGGCUUCACACUGAAAAGCAGCCUCGUCACCCACCAAAGGAGGCAUGCGGGAGAUAUGCAGUAUUCGUGUUCAGAGUGUGGUAAAAGCUUUGUAGCCAGGUCAGCGCUGGCCAGACACGAGGUGAUCCACACCGGGAUAAAGCCGUACCCUUGCUCCAAAUGCGAUAAAAGCUACCUCGAUAAGUCUCAGCUUAUAAAACAUGAGCUAGUGCAUGCGACAGCGCAGUCCUAGCCAUGAAGGUCCCACACAGAGUCCCAGUAACACCACACAUGAAUGAUCUGGGCACCAGAGGAAGCUGCUUUCACGCGCAGGGUGUGGGAAAUGUUUUGGACAUAACAUUUGGCCUGGCACCAGAGAAUUCAGAUCAUGUUACACAGCUGAGAACUGUGCAGGGUAGAGUUUCUAUUCACAUAUGGGAAGAUAUUUCAGAGCCUAGCAAACAUAAAGAACUUGGAAAAAUACACCACUGUGAGCAAGGGGAAGGCUUUAUGAAACAUCUGGGAUUCCCUCUAGCGUUCGAGUAAAGAACAUAAUUCAUUGGAUGUAGCACAGGAAACGGUUUUCCAAAAUUCUCACCAGUGAUUGGCUCCAGAAACCGUUCACCAGAAUUCACACUAGUGGUUGGAUCCAGAAACGGUUCACUAGAAUUCACACCAGUGGUUGGAUCCAGAAAUGUUUCACCAUAAUCCACACUAGUGGUUGGAUCCAGAAACGUUUCACCAUAAUCCACACCAGUGGUUGGCUCCAGAAACGUUCCACCAUAAUCCACACCAGUGGUUGGAUCCAGAAACGUUUCACCAUAAUCCACACCAGUGGUUGGCUCCAGAAACGUUUCACAAUAAUCCACACC